AGUAUGUUUAAUUGAAUUGUUGAAAAUAAUAAGAAGAAUUAAAUUAUUUCCUUUCUUAUGAAUCAGUCUGAAUUGUUUCUGAGGCCUUCGCGUUUCGUUUAGUUUGAGCUCUGCGGCCACCGUUCAAACAAGAUGGUGCUGGAGAAGAAAACCUCCGCGCGGGUGGAGGCGGGUCAGCGGAGGGUUCUGGAUGAGGCGACCCGCCAGAGGAGGCUGACCCGGCAGCUGGAGGCUCUGGAGAAAGAUAACUUCCAGGACGACCCCCUGUCCUCCCUGCCCCCCCCAGGUCCAACAGCCCGUCUGCCAGCCUUCAGCGAGACAGAAGAACCAGAGAAGAAGCGGAGGAAGACGAGGGGGGACCACUUUAAGCAGCGCUUCAGGAAGAACUUCUCGGCUCUCCUUGAGGAGGAGAACCUGUCGGAGCGUCCAGAACCAAACUACCUGUCUGCGGCGGCCCCGCCCUCCUCUCUGCCCCCCCGUCACUUCUGCUGCGUCUGCGGCUUCCCGUCUCACUACACCUGCUCCACCUGCGGGGGGCGCUACUGCAGCAGCAGGUGUCUGAUCACCCACAGAGAGACCAGGUGUCUGAAGUGGACCCUCUGAGGACGCGUCGGACCGCGGAUCAGAACCGGCUCUGGUUCUGCUGCCAUCCUGUUGGACUCGCUGCUGAUGAUCCUCCUUAAAGGACCGGUUCUGGUGUCCCUGAGGUUUGGACCCGUCCUCCUGGUCCCAGAGGGAGGAGGAUCCAGUUCUGGUUCCAUCUGCUCUAGAACCCUGGAGAUGUUCUGAAUCAGUGAGGUCCAGACUUUCCUCUGUGUGUUUAUGCCUAAAGCAGAACCAGAACCUCUAAACCAGAACCAGGCGGUUCUGCUCCUCUGAACAGAACCAGGCGGUUCUGCUCCUGAUGGGUCCACAAGGAGCCGUCAUUAAUCCACUGAAUAAAGAUCCUGUUUCAGAACAAA